AUGGCGAUACAACCAACAAGUGCAAACACUUCAAUCAAGAGCCUUUCGCAGAAGCUCCGGGAUCUCGGCCGGUUCAAGCAUAAGAACGAAGAGAAACUAGAGGAAGAAUUCGAAAUCGUCCACACUCCAGACCGGCCUUCCAGGCACAUUUCGCCGAUUGAGGCGCCUACUGAGGAAGAGUGUGGCGACGAGAUUGCAAGGUGGCAGCGCGCCUCACUCAAAGCACGCAGAAGCAUGUUUACAAGAGGCCAAUAUGGGCGGGCGGACAUGCAGGAUGGCUCCGCUGUUAACACCGAGAGCGAUGACGACGCGGAUGAGCAUGCCCGGCAUCACCUUGCCUCGGAUCUGGCACUCGGGAGGGAGGUGGGACGAGGUGGUUGUGGCCAGCAACCGGCACUGCACCACCACCGACCCCUAAAGCCUGUGACACCGAGACAGACAGGGCAAACCGAAGUCGCAAGACAAGAAGUUCCUCAACAAGCACAAGCCACAGCUAUAGGGGCUCAACAUGGCAGUGACAGAGCGAAGUGCGCAAAGUUCCCGGCUGCCCCCGCCCCUUUAUUCUCCGGCACGCCGAGGUCUGCACCGACAAGCCAUCCACGAAGCGUCAGUCCGGCGCUGGCAACUGUCGUAGGAGACAGCAGCCUGGCCAGAGCACGGUACACCGGAGGUAAGCAUCUCUACACGGACGAGGAGGAUGUGGAAAGCCCCGUUGACGUGGAGAAAUUAGCGCGCAUCGACAUAUACCGCCGCGGUUCCUGCCCCUUCUGCCGCAAGUUCUUUGGCAACAACCCGCUUCCCCUGUUCUGCCCAUACCCUGACUGCAAGAGGGAUUUGAGGAAAUGUCUGGAGUAUCCCAACCGCAGGGAGGUAGAAAAAGCGCCGCCCAGGCUGCGGCAGAGGACCUACUCUUAUGCACAGCCGGGGGCUGAUGUCAGGACGAUGGACCAGGGGAUGUCAACCCGCCAACCUGUCCCCAGUCUCACAGUCGAGGCGCCCACGCCCAUAGAAGACCAACUAUCAACGAGACUCGGCGCUCCUCCAUCACCGCCGUCUGCGUCAGUAUCAGCACGAAGGCAGAGAUCUCCCUCUCCCUAUAGAGAGCUCCGCACAAUUUGUCCCACACCUUCAGGCUUCUACGACCUAGGCCAGCCCAUCCAACCAUCGACGCUAGAAAGGCAAAAAUACAUCGACAAACCUCUCCCCCCACCCCCUAUACCACCAGCCCGGUCGGAAAGGAGGCCGCCGCCGCCGCCGCCGCCCCAUUUAUCGCUGCCCCAUUUAUCGCCGCCCACAUCUCUUUACGAGUCCAUCUCGGCACGCCAUCAACAGCUGUACAGACCCUCUCAGCAACAGCAGCAGCAGUACAUCACCUCCCAGAUGAAAGCAACACCGCCCACCCCCAACACCUCAUCCCAAUCCCACUCCUCCACUCCGCCCGCCUCCCCGUCUCCGUGCUCAAGCAACGCCACAAGCAGCAGCAGCAGCACUCGCACCGAUAAUACCCCGUCCGGGGCUUCUUCUUCUCGUGCCGUGGGAGAUCUGAUUUCCACGUCUAAACAUCACAAUCGCGAGCAACAGCAACACGGCAAGUCCUCGUCAACUGCCACCGCGGCCAUGUCCACCUGUGGCACUGCGCAUCACUCUCAUUCCACAUCUUCAAGCAGUGACGACCGAAAUGGGGGAAGCAGAUUGACGACUCGCAGAUCAACCAGGUCAAGGUCGUCGUACACGACGGUAGACGACAGAGAGUUUCUGGCGUGGAAGACGCCGCGAGAGGUGGCGCAGUUUGAGAGGGAGCGGAGGGACAAGGGGGAUGAUGCUGAGUUAUUUAUGGAUAUUAUUGGUGAAUAUGGGGAUGGGGAUUAUCGGGGGAGGGAACUUGGAAGGAAGGGGUUCAUUUAG